AAAUCCUUCCAUACAAUUUCCUGCAAACUGGAGACUGUGCUCUUAUCAUGCAGAAAGCCAUCGUAAUCGAUGAAGUUGGGAAACCGGCCAUCUCGAUAAACCGGCCCAUUCCGCAAGCAGGACCCAGCGAGCUACUUCUACGUGUCACGGCUACGAGUCUCAAUCCAGCAGACCAGAAGACUCGUGACGAAGGGCUUUUCUUCAAGCAGUCCUUUCAAGUUCUAGGUCAUGAGCUUGCUGGUGAAGUGAUCGGAAUAGGCAAAGAAGCAGGUCCUGCUAAAUUCCAACUCGGCGAUCACAUCUUUGCUCAGGGAAACUUCAUUCCGGGUCAGGUGUUGACCGACUCUGGUGCCUUACAGCAAUAUGCGGUUGUGAAUGCAAGCUUUGCCGCCAAGGUGCAGUCUGCCGGUCUUACCGAUGAAGAAGCAACCACAAUCCCUGUCUGCGCCAUUGCCUCUUUCGUCGCCCUUUUCCACUCAACUGGAAUGGCCCUGCCAAUCCCCCCUGCGUCCACUCCCGCGUCUCAAGCAACCUCCGAGUUUCUCGACACAGCCAUUCUCAUUAUUGGUGGUGGCUCGAACUGUGGGAGAUUCGCAAUUCAGUUUGCAAAACAAGUUGGAUUUGGUCGAAUCAUCACUACGGCAUCUGCUAGAAAUGAGAUCGAGCUAAAGCAACUCGGGGCUACUCACAUAAUUGAUCGGCAUGCUGGAUAUGAAGCGAAUAUUCAGCAGAUACGGGAUAUCACUGGUGACAGCUUAGUGCACGUGUUCGAUACAGUAAAUAAUGCUCAGGAGCAAAAGCUGGGGCUUGCGGUUCUGUCGAAUACCAAAAAGGGCUGUCUGAUCACUCUCAAUCGAAUUCCAGAGGUCAGAUUCAGUGCCGCUGAGAUUGGACCUAAGACAGCUGGAUACGAGCACAAGAUGACAUUCGGGUUCAGUGCACUUUACCCUGAAAUUUCGAAGUUGUUUUGGGAGAGAGUGGCAAGCUGGGUGAAAGAAGGUGCCAUGCGACCUUUACCUUUCAGUACUAUUCAGGGAUUGGAACCCACAACUGUGAAUAAGAUCCUUGACCGUUAUCGCGAUGGUCAAGGCCAGAAAGUGGUUAUCAACGUCCGAACUUGA